AUGUAUGCUGUUCCUGUUAAAUUUGCCGAUGAUUUAUUUAGUACAAUUGUUAAAGAUCAAAUAAAUGAAUUAAUUAAUUUACCAGAAAUUAAAGAACUUCAAUAUACAGACGAUGCUGCUAUUCAAGGAUUAACAUAUGAAAUAACUGAACUAUUAAAACGAAUUGUUGCUCGACAUAUUAAAGAUAAUUAUAAAGUAAUUAUUCAAGUAAUAACAUAUCCAAAAAAUGAAGAAGAUAAAGUUUUCAUAAUGAGUCAAUGUUUAUGGAAUUAUCGAACUGAUGAUGUACUUUCAUUGGAAAUUGAAAAUGAUACAUUAAAAUUUCUUAUUAUGAUUCAUGGUAUUGUAGCAUAA